CUAGAGAGCGUGACGCUGUUUGGAGCAGAGGUAUGGGGCUGGAACAUGGAAGAAAGACUGGAUAGAGUACAAAGAAGAUAUGCGAAAUGGAUAUUAGGCUUAAAUACGACAACACGAAAUUAUAUACUGAUAGAAGAAUGCGAGAUAAUAGAAAUAAAAGAAAAAGCAUUAAAAAGAGCAGCGAGGUACGAAGAGACAGCUCUAGAAUCAAAAAAGGAAAUAGUAAAGGAGUGUAUAAAGGAAAGAGAGAGAAACUGGGGAAAUGGUCAUGAAGGGAAAAGAGCAAGAAAGAGAAAGAAGGGACUAGAAGAGGAGCGAAAGGGAGGGACGCAGAUAGAAGCAGAAGAGGAGCAAGAAAGGAUGACAGCAGACCAAAUUAUAGAAGGAAGAAGAAAGAGAGAAGCAGAAGAGAGGGGGAAAAGGAUAAGGAAAUCCAAGUAUAAUAUACACUACAGAAACAUAGUCAAAGAAAAAUUAUCAAAGUACUUAGAAGGGAGGAUGAAGUGGUAGGACAGAAGAAUACUGGCAAGAUUCAGAUGUGGAAACGAGACCAAAGCGAGGGAAUACUGGAAAGAAGAG